GUUUCAUCUUCGCUGGCUGGCAACGACAAACUCCACCACUGCCCACCACCACACACGAACAAGCACACACGCACGCUCACAUCAACGCCAACACCCUCCCCCCUCCUCUCGCGCGAUCAUGGAAGAGUUGAAGAACCUGCUGCAGGAAGGCGGUGAUGACGAUGAUGAAACCACGCAGCAGCAGCAGCAGACGCCUGGCGUCAGUGUGCCUGCUGACGGGGAAGUGAAGGUUGAGCACAUGGAUUAUGAUUACGUGGGCAAGUGCACUGACGUCAAGCACCUCGUGCGCAUCUUGAAGGCCCUGCGGUCUGGCAAGGAGGGCGUGUACCCGCACCUGGAGCAGUUCACGGAAGACCGCAUUCGCAAGCUGGACCCCGCAAACAAGGUCCUGCUCAAGGAAGAAAAGGUGACCUCCACCAAGCGCCUUGCCGCGAAGCAGCGCGAGGACAUAGCCAAGCAGUUUGAGGCCUUUGAGGCACAGGCCAACGCCAUGGAGGAGGCCCUCAAGUCGCCUGCCGCGCGCCCGCAACGCUCCUUUGCCUCCAUGCCACCCAUCCGCAACCAGGCACAGGCGCGCGUGAGCUUCAACGAGGCCGACGCUGCCUCACAACAGCAGCAGCAGCAAGCUGCAGGCUCCAGCAAUCCUUCCAAGAACAAGAAAAGCAAGAAAGCACAGCGCGCCAAGCGAAUUCCAGGCCACGAUUUUCGCGCAUGGGAUAAGUUUGAUGUGGACAAGGCCCUUGACGAGAUUGAUGCCGAAGACGCAGAAGAGCAGCAGCAGGAGUUUCAGCGCCUUGCACAACAAGCGCGGCCCGGUGCGCGUGUGCGCGGAACUGACAUGGGCGUGACGCUGCCAUCCUCGCACGUGGAGGGGCUGCCCGAGAGCAAGCAGCUGCGGGAAAAAAUGGCAGAGGAGGAGAAGAUCAAAGGCAACGAGGCACUGCGCAGCGGUGAUAUCCAGGAGGCGCUGGUGUACUACACGCGGAGUCUGUCCAUCCAACCCACGGUUGCCUGUCGCAACAACCGCGCCCUGGCGCACAUCAAGGCCGCAAACUAUGCCGAUGCCGUGCAUGAUGCAACCACUGUCAUCACAGCUGACCCAGACAACAUCAAGGCUUACAUCCGUCGCGGGUGGGCGCAGCUCGAGCUCAAGUCUUUUGACGACGCCAGAGCCGACCUGAACAUCGUCCUCCAAGCCCAGCCCGGGAACAAGGACGCGCGCCGACUGCUUGAUCGCGUGGCCGCGGCGGAGGCGAAGGAGGAGGAGGACAGGAAGGCUGCACAGGCAGCAGCAGUGGCCGGCACGCAGGAGGCGCAGCACGCAUCCCGCGUAUUUGGUGAUGGUGAUCAGGGAAGAGGACAGGAGUUGGAGGGCGCAAGCAAGGAGCAGAACACGAAGGCAACAGAGAAGGCACAAAAGAAGAGCAAGAAGAAAAAGAAGCGCAUGGUGAUUGAGGAAGUGGAUGAAGACGAACGCACACCACAACCAAAACCACAGCAACAGCCACAGCAGCAGCCACAGCAGCCACAGCAGCCACAGCAGCAGCAAGAGAAGGACAAGGGGGAAGGCGCAGCCUCAGCCAGCGACACAACAGCAGCCACCAGCGUCAGUCCUCCACCAACAACCAACACCGCCCCACCACCACCAGCACAAACAGCUACAACCAGCACCACAGGGCCAAGCGAUGCUGUGCAGCCGUCAGCGCGCGUGUUGGAGCUGAAGGACAAGGCAAAGGCGGCAUUUUCCACCGGACAAUAUGCAGACGCAAUGCAUCUGUACACAUCCGCGCUGGAGGAGGUGGACGCGGUGUCCUGUGCGCUCACACGCGUGCAGUUGCUCAACAACCGCGCCGCGUGUCUGCUCAAGCUGGGCGACGAUUCAAAAUGCAUCCAGGACUGCACGGCCGUGCUUGACGUGCAUGCAGGCAACGCGAAAGCGCUCCUUCGACGCGCGCUUGCGUACGAGCACAAGGAGAAACUCCAUGAAGCACUGGCGGACUUCCGAUCCGUACAGCGGCAGCACCCGGGCAACACGCAGGCUGUGCAGGGCGCAAACCGCGUGGGGAGCAUGAUGCGCAGCAUGGCAGGGCACAGCAUCGUUCGUGGACGCAGCAGCGCCAAGGAGCAGGCGAACAAGGCGGAGGCCACGUCCAAGGGGAAGGUGGUGGCGGGGAGCAAGAAGCCAAAGGCAGCCACCCACGAGCAGCAGCAGCAACAGCAACGACAACAACAACAACAACAACAACAACAACAACAACAACAACAACAACAACAACAACAACAACAACAGCAACAACAACAACAACAACAACAACAGCAGCAGCAGCAGCAGCAGCAGCAGCAGCAGCAGCAGCAGCAGCAGCAAGAGGAGCAGAGCAAGGCGAAACGCACCGCCAAAGAGGCGCCAACUGCGCCGGAAUCGGCGGUGCCUGCAAGCACGCGCCAGCACGCCGCAAAGUACGAAGCGCUGAAGAACAAGGGCAACGGCUUUGUCAAGGCAAAGAAGUUUAGGGAGGCGAUUGCAGCCUACAACGAGUGCAUCGGUGUGGACCCGGAAAACGUGGCGGCCUUCAACAACCGCGCGCUGUGCUGGCUGAAGCUCGGCGAGAACGAGCGAGCAAAGGCAGAUGCCCUGGUUGUGCUGCACCGUGACCCCACGAACGUGAAGGCGUGGUACCGGCGUGGGCUGGCCCAUGCUGCGCUUGGCGAGAAGACGGACGCCCUUGCGUCGUUCACGCGCGCAGUUGAGAUAGAGCCAGGCAACGCCGCAGCAGCCAAGGAGAAGCGCGCGCUGGAACAGGAGAUGGGGACACAUGCGAAGACACAGACAGCAACAGAGGGGCGCAGUGCACAGCCGGGUAGUGGUGACAGCAGUCGUCGUGGUGAGGUGAAGAAGGACAAGGUGAAGAAGAAGAAGAAGAAGCUGGUGAUUGAAGAAGUGGACGAGGAAGAGGAGGAGAUGGAUAAGGGGAAAGAUAAGGAUAAGGGGAAGGGCGUGGAUCAUGGCACGGCGCAAGAAGGUGCAGGGAAGGGUACAAAGGCGGGUGCACGCAAGAGCAAGAAGGGCGGUGGCGAGAAGGCGACACCACGCCCGCUGGUGGAAGAGUUUGAACUACCGCCAGCGCCAAAGGCUGCGAAGAAGCAAGAGGCGAAGGCCAAGCAGCAGCAACAACAACAGCAGCAGUGGGGUGACGGUGGUGAUGAGGAGGCGGCUGCAGUGAGGGCGAAGCUUCAGGCCAUGACAGCAGAGCGCAACAAGCUGGCAGCAGAGGUGGCCGAGGCACAGCGGCGGGUCGAGACGGGGCAGGCGAGCGUGGCGGACACAACACAGCAAGUGGCGCAGAUGGAAGAGCGAUUGGCCAAGACAUCACAGCGACUGCAGGAUGUGACGCAAGAGGUGCGCGCAUCGCUUGCCGCGGAAAUGGAGGGAGACGCGAAGAGCACAGGCGAGGACGAGGCGGCGAGGCAGAAGCAGGUGGCGGGGAGGGAAGAAGGUGCGAACGUUGAGGAGGGCACAACCACAGCGAAGGUGCAGACGAAGACGAAGACAAAGACAGAGGCGUGGGGUGAAGAGAGCCAGGCGUCAGCCGAGGAUGAAGUGGCGUCCAUCAUGAAGGAAGCCAUCGCCAGCCAACAGCAGCAGCGGCAGCAACAACAGGGCGGUCGCGGUGGCAGCAGCAGUGGGCCUGCAUCGAGUGCAGACUUCAUGCGACGGUGCAGCGAGGCAGUGCGGCGGGACAAUGCGCAAGCCAUGUGCGAGCUGCUGACCUCUGUCAAGCCAUCACAGCUACCCGUGCUCUUCUCGAACCAGCUGGAGGCGGAGGAAUUGGUGCUUGCUGUGCGUGGGCUGUGCCUGUCGCCCAAGCCCGUGGGCGCAUUCAAGCGGCUGCGCACGCUCACGCGGUGUGCGCGGUUUGACAUUACGGUGCAGUUCCUGGAGGAGGAGGAUCAGGAGGUGCUGCGCGUGUGUGUUGGGGACGUGUGCCGGCGUGCGUUGGAGGUGGCUGGCACCACCAUCACCACGGAAAACAUCGCUGCCUUGCACGCCGUCUACGGCCUCCCACCACCCUCCUCCUCCUCCUCCUCGUCGUCGUAGAUGCGUGCUCUUGUGUGUGUGUGUGUGUGUGUGUGUGUGCAUGUGUGUGU